UGUCCGGUAUAAAUAGCGGAUUCACUUCUAGUCAGUUGGGGAAAUUUUCUACUUUCCUUCCUGGCGGGUGGUGUGCGGAGCCGGAGAACAGCAGGGUGUUUAUUUUAACAGCACGCCAAGAAACAUUUUAAUUCCGUCACCUCGUCGUUCAGAUCAGACACCUCUGAACACCAGUCAGCUCUGCCUUAACUUUACCUGCCAGCCCCCCAAGCCAAUCUAAAGCCUUCAAAAUGAUGCAGAUCAACAGCGACUCAGCCAGCAACAAACACUCCCUCAUCAACGUCAUGCACCGCUUCAUAGCCGCUGCCAAUAACAUGGAUGAGACCAUCAUGGUGCCCAGUCUACUGCGAGACAUGCCUCUGGAGGAGCAGGUGGCGAGUGAAGUGGAGGCCAACAACAACGAACCACCGUGCCCUCAAAAGCAGAGAGACAUGUACGAGCACUACCUGCUUCUAAAGUCCAUAAAGAACGACAUGGAGUGGGGUCUCCUGAAGAGGGAGAUGAGCAGCGGGGCCAGCUUCCUGGAGAUGGCAGUGAAGCAGGAGGAGCAGCAGCCAGUGACCGUAGAUCUACAUAUGGAUGACAACACAGACCUGGAGCAUCAGUUUCACUACCACCUCAGGGGACUGUUUGGAGUUCUCUCCAAGCUCACAGUGCAAGCGGACGACCUCACCAACAGAUACAAGAGAGAGAUCGGAGGAGGAAACUUCAUGAGAUAGGAGUAAUGUCUUUUCUUUUUUUUUUUUUUUUUUUUCUCUCAUUCCUCUGGACUGCUUGACUUGCAACAAUGGGAUGUGUUAUGAGAAGGGCUCCAUCUCUUCUAACAUAUCUCAGUGGACAGUGAACUGACCAGGGCAACCACUUUGUGACUUGUCUAACUUCUGAGUAGCACUCCAUCCCUUCCCCCUUUCUCCUGCUGCGCCCCCCCCCCCCCAACUCCCAGUAAACGCCUUUUUAAAAACCGGUGAUGCCUGCAUGUGUCCCUCUGCAUGCUUGUCAUUGCAGCAGUCGACGCUAAGUGUUUGGCAGAGGUUUACUGAAUCUGUACCCAAGUCCAGAUGAAGCACAGCUUUAGUUAAUGCAGUUUUCAUUUCAAAUUUGAUGACAAAUGUCACCAGAACGAUGCGUUAAUGAAUAAAAGGUUUGACUGUAGGAGAAAGAUGAAUGCUGGUUAUUCUGUCCCUCCUUUUUAAAAUAAUUUAAUGCUGAGCUGAAGGGCUCUUACCUGAUAGUCCGUUAGUGUUUCCACUCGGUGUUACUGUAACAUGGCGUGCCUUGACUUUUGUACGUCGUCCUCAUGCCCUGUUCAGUUUCCUCCAACGUGGGUCCCAUUGUCUGACUGAUAAAUCAAGGUAUUAUGAUGAAAUGACUCAUCUGUUUGUCCUUGGAUCUUUCAAACCCAAUUUUUUAUUGAGCAGAAAUGCAGUAAAACUGAAAUAAAUAAUUGGAAACUUUUAA